UUCUGUAUCAUCUCACUUACAGACACACAGACGAGUACAUACUGGAGAGAGCCAUACCAGUGUGAUAUCUGUAGUAAGGAAUUUUCUGUAUCAUCUAGCUUACAGAGACACAGACCAGUACAUACAGGAGAGAAGCCAUACCAGUGUGAUAUCUGUAGUAAGGAAUUUUCUGUAUCAUCUAGCUUACAGAGACACAGACCAGUACAUACAUGAGAGAAGCCAUACAAGUGUGAUAUCUGUAGUAAGGAAUUUUCUGUAUCAUCUAGCUUACAGAGACACAGACCAGUACAUCCCGGAGAGAAGCCAUACAAGUGUGAUAUCUGUAGUAAGGAAUUUUCUGUAUCAUCUAGCUUACAGAGACACAGACCAGUACAUACAUUAGAGAAGCCAUACAAGUGUGAUAUCUGUGGUAAGAAAUUAUCUGUAUCAUCUAGCUUACAGAGACACAGACCAGUACAUCCCGGAGAGAAGCCAUACGAGUGUGAUAUCUGUAGUAAGGAAUUUUCUGUAUCAUCUAGCUUACAGAGACACAGACCAGUACAUCCCGGCGAGAAGCCAUACAAGUGUGAUAUCUGUAGUACGGAAUUCUCUGUAUUAUCUAGCUUACAGACACACAGACAAGUACAUACUGGAGAGAAGCCAUACAAGUGUGAUAUCUGAAGUACGGAAUUUUCUGUAUUAUCUAGCUUACAGACACACAAACAAGUACAUACUGGAGAGAAGCCAUACAAGUGUGAUAUCUGUGGUAAGGAAUUAUCUGUAUCAUCUAGCUUACAGAGACACAGACGAGUACAUACAGGAGAGAAGCCGUACAAAUGUGAGAUAUGUACUAAGGGGUUUCCCAGACCAGAUCAUUUGUGCAGUCAUCAAAAGACACAUACAAGAGAGAAAGCUUACAUGUGUGAUGUGUGUAGUAAGGAAUUUUCUAAAUCAUUCAGCCUAAAGAGACACAGACGAGUACAUACAGGAGAGAAGCCAUACAAAUGUGAGAUAUCUACUAAGGGGUUUCCCUGACAAGAUCAUCUGCGCAGUCAUCAAAAGACACAUACAGAAGAGAAAGCUUACACGUGUGAUGUCUGUAGUAAGGAAUUCUUUGUAUCAUCUACCUUACAGCUGACUAACAGACGAGCUACAUACGGGAGAGAAGCCAUACAAGUUUGAUAUCUAUAGUAAGGAAUUUAGUAAAUCUUCUCAUCUGCGAAAACAUAUCAGGAUACAUACAGGAGAGAAACCUUACCAGUGUGAUAGCUGUAGUAAGAAAUUAAGUCAAUCAUCUGACCUACAUGUAUGAACACAUCACAG